AGGAGGAGAGAGGGGAAGUGAGCCAAAAAAACCCCACUGGCCUCUGAGCAAAGACUGAUAGCGAAACAAGCAGAAUGUUCUGGAGCUACAAGUCGGAGCAGAGCUUUUUUUAAUCCAAGCAAAGAGAAAAGAACAUAUUUUAACACAGCAAGUACAUUGCUCCUGACUCAGAGCCAGUUUGUUUUCUUGUGUCUUGUUUGCAGGGGAGGCUUUCUAUGAAGUGCAUUUCGCAAGAGAAGUAGGCUGUGACUGUAUUAGAUUCAGCCUCGGUUUAUUGGCUUCGGGAGAGCAAACAAUGUCAGGCAGAGAGUUUCUUGUUCUUGUUCUUUUGCUGUGUUUGUGUUUAACUGUGAGUUCAGUCAAGAGCCAGGGUUUCCCCCAGGAUGCCUUUCUCAUCCAGUACCUGGAGAGGAGGUUGACUCAGAUGGAGGAGCGUCUAAACCAAUGUGAGCAAAACACAGUGAGCAUAACCCAGAAGACCUAUGAUCUGUCCUCAGGAAUGAGAGGCCAUCUGUCCGCCCUCAAUGUUUUGAGAUCAGAGGUGAAGAAUCAGCUGGAGAGCAUGUCUGUACGUGUAGACCGAAUGGAGCGAGAGCUAGAAUAUCUGGAAAACAAGAUGCCUGCCCUGUCUGACAUUGAGAUGGAGGAGGCACUGCUAGAACAACAGAUAAAAGCUGCAGAACUGGACCAGCUCAAAAAGAAAGCUAAAAUCAAAGUGGAAAAUGAUUGUAACGCAGCCUUGAGUCAAAUCAAGUCCCUCAAAAUUGUGAAGAAGAUGGGAGACACUUCUGGUUCCUGGUUCAAGGACCCUUCAGACGGCUCGAACAAGGUAUUUGUGCUGAGUGGAAUUCGAAACGACACUCUGUUGGAGUAUGAAUCUCUACAAAGCUUCUUGGACAAGACCCCUGCACCCCCGGCUAAAGUGAUCCAACUCCCAUCUCCAUGGCAAGGCACAGGUCACAUGGUCUACAACGGAUUUCUUUACUACCACAGAGCUGACACGCUGAACCAGAUCCUGAAAGUAGACCUAUCGAAUGCUUCAGUGGUCGACAGCACUCUUCUUCCAGGAGCAGGUCGUCUUCCAGUCUACAGCUUGAACUCCAACACCUACUUGGACAUGGCUGUGGAUGAACUCGGUCUUUGGGUCAUCCACGCUGACCCUGAAUACGGUGGAAACUUGGUCCUAACUAAGCUUGACAAAGGAAACUUGGCAGUAGAGUACAUCUGGGAUACGCAGUGCAAAAGUCAUGAUGCUGAAGGAGCUUUCAUAAUAUGUGGAACUCUCUAUGUGGUCUUCAACACACAUUAUGGCGGACGGUCCACCGUACAAUGUCUCUAUGACAUCCACGACACCACCCACAGUGCUGAGAGUCCUGUGGUGUUCUUCCCAAAGCGCUACACAAGCCACAGCAGCAUCCACUACCAUCCCAGAGACAACCAGCUGUACGCCUGGGAUGAUGGAUACCAGACAAUAUACCAAGUGGAGACGCACAGCAAUGAUAAUGUUACCGCUGAAUGAUACUCUUUUAUUUCCAUGAAGAAUACAUCUUACAAUUACACACCAUUAGCCCGUACAUAUACUAAAUACUUAAAGGCCUACUGAAAUGCGAUUUUCUUAUUCAAACGGGUAUAGCAGGUCCAUUCUAUGUGUCAUACUUCAUUUCGUGAUAUUGCCAUAUUUUUGCUGAAAGAAUUUAGUAGAGAACAUCGACGAUAAAGUUCGCAACUUUUGGUCGCUGAUAAAAAAGCCUUGCCUGUACCGGAAGUAGCAGACGAGUAGCGUGACGUCACAGGUUGUGGAGCUCCUCACAUCUGCACAUUGUUUACAAUCAUGGCCACCAGCAGCGAGAGCGAUUCGGACCGAGAAAGCGACGAUUUCCCCAUUAAUUUGAGCGAGGAUGAAAGAUUCGUGGAUGAGGAAAGUGAGAGUGAAGGACUAGAGGGCAGUGGGAGUGAUUCAGAUAGGGAAGAUGCUGUGAGAGGCGGGUGGGGCCUGAUAUUCAGCUGGGAAUGACUAAAACAGUAAAUAAACACAAGACAUAUAUAUACACUAUUAGCCACAACACAACCAGGCUUAUAUUUAAUAUGCCACAAAUUAAUCCCGCAUAACAAACACCUCCCCCCUCCCGUCCAUAUAACCCGCCAAUACAACUCAAACACCUGCACAACACACUCAAUCCCACAGCCCAAAGUACUGUUCACCUCCCCAAAGUUCAUACAGCACAUAUAUUUCCCCAAAGUCCCCAAAGUUAUGUAAAUGACAUGCACAUAGCGGCACGUACGUACGGGCAAGCGAUCAAAUGUUUGGAAGCGUACUCACGGUACCGUGUCGGCGUAUCCAACUCAAAGUCCUCCUGGUAAGAGUCUUUGUUGUCCCAGUUCUCCACAGGCCAAUGGUAAAGAUUGACUGUCAUCUUUCGGGAAUGUAAACAAUGAAACACCGGCCGUGUUUGUGUUGCUGAAGUCGGCCGCAAUACACCGCUUCCCACCUGUCUCCAUUGUUCAUUGAACAAAUUGCAAAAGAUUCACCAAUACAGAUGUCCAGAAUACUGUGGAAUUUUGCGAUGAAACAGACGACUUAAUAGCUGGCCACCAUGCUGUCCCAAAAUGUCCUCUACAAUCCGCGACGUCACGCGCUGACGUCAUCAUACCGAGACGUUUUCAGCAGGAUAUGUCGAGCGAAAUUUAAAAUUGCACUUUAGUAAGCUAACCCGGCCGUAUUGGCAUGUGUUGCAAUGUUAAGAUUUCAUCAUUGAUGUAUAAACUAUCAGACUGCGUGGUCGGUAGUAGUGGGUUUCAGUAGGCCUUUAAGAUUGUUGUCUUUCUCUUGAUAUUUUGCUGCCAUUUGGUCAAACUAGUUAGACAUGAGCUUUUUGUAACACUGUAAUAAAAAGCAUUUUAAUGAUGA